AUUGUAAUUAGUGAGUUUCACUAUAUCACAUUACACAUUAGAGCCCCACCGAUAUAUCAGCUGAUAUAAGCUUAUCACACAUAUAUCAGUAUCAAUGUGUCAGCCGAUAACAAGGAAUAGCAGCGCAGAAAUGCCAAAGAUAUGUCUGAUGUUAUUUUGAAACUCUGCAUUGUAUUGUUUGUCCAUCAUGGAGCACAGACAAGUUUAGCUGUAAAAUGCCCCACUCAGAACACUUCUUGGCCAUAACCUUCCCUUUAAAUUCACUCAUUUUCACAGCUUCCACUGAGGUAUCACGGUCGGUUUAAAUAAGGCUCCAUUUCAAAACUAAACAAGUCAUUUGAGAUGAGACUCCUGGGUGUAGUCGUCGUGAAGUGGUACUCUGUCUAGAUGUACUUGAUCUUUACUGAAGGUUUUCCGUGUCGCUCCUCCCUGCAGCUGUGCUGUGAUUUGUUACGUAUGAAGGGGCGUCACGUCAGUUUUUUUACGCAGAAUGAGCAGGAGCUGUCCGGCCAGUGAAAGCAGACUCUCAGGGCCCGCGCCGGGUGACGGAUGGUACACCACUAGCAAGUAUCUUGUCUAAAGAUUAUAUGACUUUAUGACACCCAUUAUAUGAGAGGCAUAACCUACACUUUUGUCGUUGAUAAGAGUUAUUGGCGCUUUAUAUGGAAAACCGGACGGACAUGCACAGUACCUAUGAUGCCGUGAAGACCGUCAGACAGACGACGCUCGUCCAACCGUUACCGUAGUUACAUUUGACGCCGGCUAAGCUCACAUUACUUAAUAUUAAAAUUUCAUUGGGCGACGUUAAACGUAAAAUAAUGCGCAAGGCGUUUUUGAGACACGUCCGUCGGUUUCCUUGGGUCACCAACGUCACCCUGUACGGCUGCCUGUUCGCCGGUGGAGACUUCGUCCACCAAUGGUUUUCUCACCGGGAGAAAAUGGACUGGAGCCACACGCGGAAUGUCGCCGUGGUCGCUUUCAGUUUCCAUGGCAACUUCAAUUUCUUCUGGAUGCGGUUCCUUGAGCGGAGGUUUCCCGGGAAUUCCGCCGGGAUGGUGAUGAGGAAGCUGCUGCUGGACCAGACCACGGCGGCGCCCUUGGCCACCAGUGUCUUCUACACAGGCGUCAGCUUCUUGGAGGGCAAAGAGGACAUCACGCAAGACUGGAGGGAAAAAUUCCUGAAUACAUACAAGACAGGGCUAAUGUUCUGGCCAUUCAUGCAGUUUCUGAACUUUGCCUUGGUGCCUCUGUACGUGCGGACCACCUUCACCGGCUGCUGUGCCUUCAUCUGGGCCACGUUCCUGUGCUUCUCCCGUCAGAGCGGCGACGGCACGGCCGCUGCUGCCCUAGCUUGGUUGUUCCCCCCCAAACAGGAUGUAGAAGAACCCACACAGGAGAAAGUAGACUCCGACGAUAAGGCAGAUGCUCCCAAAGAGGGAACAGCAGCAUCUAAACCGACACAGAACUGAAACAUGCAGAACCAGGAGGUGUAAUGGAGGGAGACACACAGGAAAGCCCCUCGUGGCACUCGUGCGUAGCUCAGUGGUUGACGUUGCAGUAACACUACCGGGGUCAGAGGUCGGAAGUCUCACUGGGAUCAAACUAAAAAUGUGCGUCCUCAUGAUGCUUUAAAGUGCUUUGGGAAACAGCAUGCAGCAAAUGGAAUGUAUACAGCAUAUUUUUCAGUAUUCAAACAACAUAUCAGCUGCGGAGGAAAAUAUAAUUCAGUCCUAUCUUUCCAUCUCAUCAGGUUUUACUUGUUGUUUUCAUAAAUGCAGUCUUGUGUUAUCACAUUUACAGCAGGAGAGUGCCCCUUAUUUUAUUGGACCAUGCUUAAUAAUACUGGAAUGAUUUAUUCAGAUUUCUAUGUCUGGGACUGAAGCUGUGAUGAUGGAGAGAUGAAUGAAGUGUUUCCUCUGCUUUACGUCUAAAUGAAAAGAGUUAUUUCCACUAUGUGGAGUGGCAGCUAACUUUCUAGUGUAGACUUUAAGCUUCAUAAAAUUUGAGCAAAAUUAGAAAUAUUUAGAUAUCACAUCAUAUCUCUUCUUCAGCAAGAGAGACUGCUGCGACUGCAACAGAGUGCCUGAUCUCUGAGAUCUAUAGGACUGUCUGCUUUGGUUUCAGUUUACACUCUGGUACAAGUGCCAAAUACAGACACAGACAGGUGUCAGUUAUCUAUGAAAUUAUCAAGAACAUGACUAUGUUUAUUAUCAUUUAUAUCUAAGUACUUUCUACCAACAGAUUAGUACGACAAUUAGAAUGACAACAAACAAGGACAAUGAUUCAACUGAGCUACGCAAACACAAAGCAACCAGAAAACACUAAAGCAUAUCUGACAAUACAUAGCAUUUUAAACUAUUUUCUCUUCACAAUUGAAUAUAAUAAUAAUAAUGAUAAAGCACUACUGAAGAUUACUUUAAUGCCUAAUGGAAGUCAUCUAAAAACAUCCAUUUACUUGAACAUUGAAAAUGCUUCCUGCAUGUCUUUGUGCUUUAUGUUAAUGUGAUAGUGUCUGUGUGUGCUCUCUUUUCUCUCUUUGCACCAUUUCCUUAGUUUUCAAUAUAGUUUGCUAUUUCUAACCAUUUAAAAAAAAGUACCUCUUAGUGAAGAUGUUAGUUUAUAGGUUUCCUUGCCUGCAGUGAUUCUUGAAAUUUUAACGUCGGAUGCCUCCACCGAGUAGCUCUCUGCGGAGGUCAUUUGUAUAAAUAGAGUACAGCUCAGCACAAGAGUUGAAUGUUAUUCCUAUAUAUAGAAUUUAAAGGAUUAAGGCAAACUUCUUUCUUCUGUCUCAGACAGAUAAAGACACUUAAACCUUUGCAUUAAGUUGUGUUCCCAUUUAUCCUUAAAAUUCCUGGUGUCACAAUAAGAGCUGUCUAGUUUUUCUAAUUCGGUUGAGUCGAAAAUGUAGUUUGCAUUUGGAAGUAAAUUAGACAAGUGUGUUUAUUUUAUUUGAUCUGCCUCACAGAAGUGAAUUAAUGUUAUGAGUAAUUUUUAUAAUAUAUUUAAUUUUUUUGUUUUAAUUGGGGUCUAGAAAAACUGUGUAAUCACUACAGUUGUUUAAUCCUGUUUAUUGGAUAUUUUUUUGAAUUGCAUACUGAAGUAUAUUAACUUAAUAUUAAUGUACUGUUAGUGUUUAAGUUGCACGUUUCUAUCAGAUUAAUUUCUGUUUAUUUGUAAGCUGAUGUACUACACUGAAACUGAAAGGUCAAAUCAGUGAAUAUUCCCUUUUGUUCAUAUCAGCCAUGUGCAGUGUUUGAAUUGAAUACUAGAGAACGACACUAGUCUAUUUACUUCAAUAUUUAAACACAAACUGAGAUUCUGUCUCAAUUGUUUUCUGACUGGUUUUGAUAUCACAAAGAACAACAAAUUGACCAGCGUUAUUGACUGUAAUGAAUGGAAAAACAUGAUUUGAUCACAUUUUGCACUAUUGUUGCACUAACUGUGGUAGAGAUAAAUUAUAUUUAUUGUUUGAAUAAAUUGAAAACAUCCGAUUGAUUCAUUGUGUGAGUGUUUGUACAAGCAUAUCACUAUAGCAACACAAUAAAUAUCUGUUGUUACUAAA